CUAAGAAUUUCUGUCUCAAGCAGUCUCCUUUCGUUUUUCUGUCUCAAGCAGACAAAUAGUCUUUCUUUUUCACAAAAUUUAUGUGAACGGUUUCGGCAACAGCCACUAAUCCAAACGGAAGUUUGCGCAUUGUUUGUGUAGGUAGAUGUGGAGGGUGUAGAAGUUCUUUUUGUCAUAUAUUUGGUUUUUAAAUAGGCUUAUAUUCAUGUGUAAUAUAAUUCAAAAAUAUUAUGGAAGCCUUUGCUACUUUAUGAGAGUUUAUAUUAAAAUGAUAUUCUGUAAUCCGUCUAGCCUUUAUACUUACUAUGCAGUUGUCAAGUGUAGAUCUGUCUUUUUUUAAAUCCUAAAUUGAAUGCAUUUUUAUUCUAAUGCCGAAUUUUUUGGACCAGACGCUAGCCGCAGUAACGUAAUAUCAGACUGGAUGUUGCAGUCUUUAAUGAGAGAAAUGUCUAAACCAGAAAAUAAUGUCAACGCUUUGUCUUGGCGUCGUCUGCACCUGAGCAGGGCGAAACUUAAAGCAUCAAGUAGAACAUCUGCACUUUUAUCAGGAUUUGCAAUGGUAGCAAUGGUAGAAGUGCAGUUAUCAAAUAAGGUGCCUACUGGGUUAUUGAUUGCUUUCAGCAUCUGCACAACAUUACUAGUGGCUGUUCAUCUUCUAGCUUUAAUGAUUUCUACUUGUAUAUUACCUAAUGUAGAAGCUGUAGCCAGUAUCCAUGGAUUAGCAGCUGUUUCUGAGUCUCCUCAUGAAAAAAUGCAUCGUUAUAUUGAAGCUGCAUGGGCAUGUUCAACAGUUUUUGGAAUUUUAUUGUUUUUGGCUGAAAUUGCCAUUCUGUGUUGGGUUAAAUUUUAUGAUUAUAGUGUACCUGCAGCAGCUGCUGCAACAAUUAUACUUAUUCCUGUUGUUGUGAUAUUUGUUGUGUUUGCAGUGCAUUUUUAUCGGAAGCUUGUCGCCCACAAGUAUGAAAGGUCUACUCAAGGACUCAGAGAGCUUGAAACUAUGGUUACUCAGUUACAAAAUAAUGGCACAGAGUUAUCAGCAAAUGGGCCAUAUGUGAUGACUGUGUGAUGUUUUUAAUUACAAUGUAGUUGAAUUUUGUACUAGGAUUUUAUUUUUAUAAUCAAAUUAUUGAAAAGUCUUCAAACAAUACACUGAUAUUUAUUUUGUUCAUUAAAACAUUUCAUUAAUGAAGGAGAUUCUAAACUUAGUCAUGAAUGAAUGAGUCACAUCACAAGUUUACAAAAUGAGUGGUAUAAAUGGUGCUGAUUUCUACUGAUAUUCUAUAAUUUUGCAUUACUAUUUUUAUUUUAUGCUCCAUUCUACAUUGAUAUUCUUAAAUAAUCAUUUCAAUUACUUCUUGUUUGAUAUUUACUGUAUAAUAAAAGGUUGUCUCUGUAAAUAAUUUGAAGCAAAAUGUUGCAAUAAUUGAAAUUUCAUUAAUUUAUUUAUUUAUUAAAUGUAAUUUUACAGGAAGUUCCAUGAAGUUAAACAUUUAUUAUGUUGUGUACAAUUGGGAAAAAAAAAAAAUGACUGUAUCUUUAUAUUCCAAAAUAUUAGCAAAAUUAUUCUAUGAUUAUAUAGGUAUAGUAAAUAAAACUAUUAUCAAUAAAACACAUUUCAAUUACCGAUUUUUAGAGUGUGAUAUGAUGUAUUAAGAAAGCAUUUUAAACAUUUGAUGGAAUAAUCUGUAUUUCAUACCUGUAUUCAUGCUGAAAUUUUUAUUUUCGGUUACAUUUUAUGAAAUGAGUUUUUCUGUGAUUUUGUACAUUUUCAAAAUCUGUUAUUAAUGCUUGUAUAUAAUCAUCUGCCAAACUGAUCAUUGGUUUUAUGAUGUAUUUAUUAUAGUAUUAUAUAUCAUGUAAAAUCUUAUUUUCAUUUCAUAUUUAAUCCAUUAAAAAUACAAAAAAAUUGAACAAGACAUAGAUAUUUUUACUGUGGGUAUGUAAAAAGAUGUUUAUGUAAAAGCAUGAAAUAUGUACUGCAAUAUAUGUUUUAUACAGCAACAAUGCCAAUUACUUUUAAAUGCUUAGUUAAAUUAAAAAGUGUUAGGGGAUAAAGAGGGCUGUGUUGUAGCUUAAACUAAAUUGAUUAUAUGUUUAAAAAGUUUAAAUUUCUAUUUUAAAUGUAUAUUAGCAUUUGAUAUAAAUUAUUCAGUAUAUUAUGUAAAAUUUAUUUUAAGAUAUUCAGUAUAUUAUAUAAAAUUUAUUCUAAAGAUAUUAGGCCAUUUGAGUACAGGAAGCACGAGUAACAUCUAAUUAAGCAUAACAUGUGAGUUAGAAGGAAGUUAUAAUUUUUACUGAUAUUCUGUUCAUUGUAUGAAAAAAUUUUAAUUCAAAGAAAGUUUAAAAAAUUUCUAAAAUCAUAUUUAUGUUAUUCAUUUUCCCAUUAUAAAGUCCCCUCCUUUUUCAACAUAUUCAUGAUUCGCAUUCUGGCAUUUCUAAAUCAUCAAGAAAAAAAUAUUUUCAUUUUUGUUGUUAUUUAUGAAUUUAUUUGGCAAGAUAUUGAAUAAAAAGACAAAGUUUUUUUCAAUGUUUAUUUUGUUUUUAUAAAUAAAAUAGAAUGUUAGAAUUUUGCAUUAUUGCAAAAUGUAUCAAAUCUGAAAUGCUCUGAACGGGUAAUUUAGUGCUUCAAAUUUAUAUGUAUAAACUAAUCAUAUUGUAAGUCAUAUCUUAUGGACUUUAAGGUGAAAUUCAAAAUGUUAUUGUUACUUAUAUUUUGUAUCAAUUAUCCAAAUAUAGGCUUGUAUUUAUAAAGAUACACGUACUAUAUUUUUUAUCCGUUUUAUUUUGAAUCUGCUUAUUUUUUAGGACACUGAAUUAUUUUGCUUAUUAAACAGUAAAAUUCAUUUUAAAGAUAUUUGUUGUCUAUGUUAAAAGCUGGAAAUUUUUUCAGUGGUUUAACGUGCAUAAAGGAGAUAAAUGAAUGUGUAUACUAAAAAGAAAAGAAAAUGUGUUAAUUAAUUAUAAGAAAAUAAAAGUUAAUUAGUAUGCUUAUCU